CUUUAAUGCAGACCUACGAAAUCUCUCAGAAAAUAUUAAUCAAAAUGUUGAAUCUGAGAUUAAUGAUCUCAUUACAAUGAUUGAAAACCUUAAUUUUUCGGAUCCUAUGCAAGUUGAAGAGUUUCUAAAUAUCCCCGAUGAAAAUCUUGCUUAUGAGAUUCCUGAUGAUGAACUUGCGAUUGCAGAGCUUGUAGAAAUUUUUAAGAAUAGCGACACUGUGGAAGAUUUGGAUGAAGUAGACGAAAUAGAUGAUAGCUUAGAGGUUCCUAUAGUUAGUGCUGAUUCUGCACUUGAAGGUUUGGAGACCGCUUAUAUGUAUCUGCUACAACAAGAAAAUACAAGUGAGCAGUUAAA